GCUGCUCCAACAACAACCACAACUGCUCCCACAACAACCACAGCUGCUCACACAACAACCACAGCUGCUCACACAACAACAACCACAGUUGCUCCAACAACAACCACAGCUGCUCCAACAACAACGACAGCUACUUCCACAACAACAACAGCGGUCCCCACAACAACCACAGUUGCUCCCACAACAACCACAGUUGCUCCCACAACAACCACAGUUGCUCCCACAACAACCACAGCUGCUCCCACAACAACCACAGCUGCUCCCACAACAACCACCACUGUUCUAACAACAACCACAGUUGCUCCAACAACAACCACAGCUGCUCCAACAACAACGACAGCUACUUCCACAACAACCACAGGUGCUCCCACAACAACCACCACUGCUCUAACAACAACCACCACUGCUCUAACAACAACCACCACUGCUCCCACAACAACCACAGCUGCUCCCACAACAACCACAGCUGCUCCCACAACAACCACAGUUGCUCCAACAACAACCACAGUUGCUCCAACAACAACGACAACUACUUCCACAACAACCACAGCUGUUCCCACAACACUGCUCCCAACAACAACAGCUGUCCCCACAACAACAACAGCUGCACCCACAACAACCACAGUUUCUCCCACAACAACCACAGCUGCUCCCACAACAACCACAGCUGCUCCCACGACAACCACAGUUGCUCCAUCAACAACCACAGCUGCUCUCACAACAACCAUAGCUGCUCCCACAACAACCACAGCUACUUCCACAACAACCACUGCUGCUCCCACAACAGCCACAGCUGCUCCCACAACAACCACAGCUGCUCUCACAACAACCAUAGCUGCUCCCACAACAACCACAGCUGCUCCAACAACAGCCAAAGCUGCUCCCACAACAACCAUUGCUGCACCCACAACAACCACAGUUCCUCCCACAACAACCACAGCUGCUCCCACAACAACCACCACUGCUCCCACAACAACCAAAGCUGUUCCCACAACGACAACAGCUGUCCCCACAACAACAACGGCUGCACCCACAACAACCACAGUUGCUCCAACAACAACGACCGCAACUUCCACAACAACCACAGCUGCUCCCACAACAACCACACCUGCUCCCACAACAACCACAGCUGCUCCCACAACAACCACAGCUGCUCCCUCAACAACCACAGCCACUGCUCUAACAACGACCACAGUUGCUCCAACAACAACCACUACUGCUCCAACAACAACAACAGCUACUUCCACAACAACAACAGCUGUCCCCACAACAACCCCAGCUGCUCCCACAACAACCAAAGCUGCUCCCACAACAAUCACAGCUGCUGCCACAACAACCACAGCUGCUCAACCACAGCUGCUCUAA